CCCAUUAGUUUGGGUGUAUCGUGCUCUCCAUGGCGGCUGUGGUGUUGUCGAGGCGAUCGGUUGCUUGGCAACGUCGUGCACAUCAGGAACGUCUUCCACUGGACGCCAUGUUCGCUUCUCACUCUGCUGUAUGUAGAAGAGUGUUUGCGGUGCAGUUGAACUAUGAGCGAGGCAGAGAAAACACAAACCAUGGCUGUGUCUGCUAUCAUAAAUUGGUGGAGUACCAAUCAGAGGGACAGGUCGGAGAGCAAUGACUCCAACGCUGAGGAAGAUGAGGAGGAAUUGGCAGGAAGGAGGCAGCGAGCUGCACAUCUAAGUCAGACUCUGAGGACCAGGCAGCUUCUCGUCGACUUCGAUGGUGGCCGACCUAUUUUGAGUCUCAGGGCUCCGCUGGACCUGGUUACCUUCCCAUCUGUGUCCUGCCCCCGUUGGCCCGUAGAAUGUGAGGUCAUCAACGACAUCAUCCAUCACAUUGAGUGGGACCCCCCAGAGCCAGAGCCUUUCUACAAUCACACAGGGCAGGAUUGGACCCCCAUGCCAGCAGGAGAGGAGAGGGGGACCGUGGUAUACUGCACUGACCAGGCCACUAAGCGUCCCUACUUCACCGGCUCCCGGGUCGCAGGAAGCAGGCGACCCAAAAAGUGCGUCACUGUUUUGGAAAACCAGACGGAACCACCUCUUGAGUUUGAGUCCCGCUUUGAGAGCGGGAACCUUCAGAAGGCUGUGCGAGUGAGCGACUAUGACUAUGAGCUCAUCCUGCGCACAGACAUGUACACCAGAAAGCACACGCAGUGGUUUUAUUUCAGGGUCAGGAACAUGAAGGCUGGAGUGACCUACCGCUUCAGUAUCAUAAACUUCAUGAAGAGCAGCAGCCUGUAUUCUCACGGUAUGAGACCACUCCUCUACUCCGAGAGGGCCGACAGGAAAGGCGUUGGAUGGCAACGCGCCGGCUCAAAUAUCAGAUACUACCGCAACUGCAAUCCGAACACAAAGGACAGCAACAGCGACGCGGUCCCCUCAUACUCACUUACAUGGACUCUGCAGUUCCCCUACGACUCAGACACAUGCUACCUGGCCCACUGCUACCCCUACACCUAUUCCCACCUGCAGCGCUACCUUCGCAACAUUUCAUCCAACUCAGCAGUUGCGUCAUACUGCACCCUACGGGUGCUGUGCCGCAGCCUUGCGGGGAACGCCGUAUACGUGGUGACGAUUACGUCGCGGGGGGGCGGCAGGAGGGCGGGGUGCGCCAAAAAGGCUGUCGUGGUGACGGCCCGAGUGCACCCCGGAGAAACCAACGGAUCCUGGAUGAUGGAGGGGUUCCUGGACUUCCUGCUCGGGGACUCGGAGGACGCUCAGCUGCUGAGGGACACUUUUGUCUUCAAGGUGGUUCCUAUGCUGAACCCUGAUGGUGUCAUCGUGGGUAAUUACCGCUGUUCUCUGGCAGGAAGGGAUCUCAACAGGAACUACAAGACGUCACUCAGGGAGUCCUUUCCCUGUGUGUGGCACACCCGACACAUGGUGGAACGGUUGAUGGCUGAGAUGGAUGUCGUCCUUUACUGUGACUUUCACGGCCACAACCGUAAAAACAAUGUCUUCAUGUACGGUUGUAACAAUCGAGGCGAUGCUUCUCUGAAGCUUCAGGAGAGAGUCUUUCCACUAAUGAUGAGCAAGAAUGCCAGCAAUAAGUUCUCCUUUAAGAGUUGUAAGUUUCGGGUGCAGAAGAGCAAAGAGGGAACGGGACGAAUUGCCAUGUGGAGACUCGGCAUCAAGAACAGCUACACAAUGGAGGCCACUUUUGGAGGCUCCACUCUGGGUGACAGAAGAGGAACACAUUUUACGACUGGGGAUCUGAAGUCCCUUGGUUUCUACUUCUGUGACACCCUGCUGGACUACUGUGACCCAGAUCCGACAAAGACCCGCCUCUGUCUGACAGAGCUGACGGCUUUGUUGACGAAGAAGGUCACAGAGAGGCUGGCCAGAGAUUUGGCCACUGACUUCUCUGUCUCUGACCUGGAAACCAGCACCAGUGGUUCAAAUAGUUCCAACUCUGACGGACUCCCGGCUCAUUUAAUGAACCAGCCUCAAACUGUUCCUGCAGAGCGGAAAAAAAAAAGACGCUUGAGAAGCCGUAAAGAGAGGAACAAGCUGCGCCCAGAGAGAGUCAAGAAUACGACGCAGCCGCAGGAGUCGAAGCUGCCCCAAGGGGACGCGGUGAGAGAGGUCGCCCUACAGAGGCCCGUAGGACAACACGGGAAGAAAGGACGGGCAUGCGGUCCGAUCGGAAAAGCGUCGAUCCCCGCCCCCACCACCACUCACUGUGGGGAGGUCAGUCAGGUGACUUUGUGGCAGGGCAGCGAGCCUGUCAAGGAGGACGGAGGAAUGAAAGCGGCGUACAGGGCAACAGCAUGUCCACAUGUCCACACGUCCACACGUCCACAUGUCCACACGUCGGGUGACCUGGGGAUGUUCACAGGUGACCUGGGGAUGUUCACAGGUGACCUGGGGAUGUACACGGGGCAGUGGAGAUGUUCCUCCCAGCUGCUGCACCUGAGUUCUCUCCUCCCACCUUCACCCAAUUCUCUACAUUGUAACGACCCAAAUCACAGCUGCACCCGACGAUCCUUCGCCUCCUACGAUGUCUACAGAGGGCUGCCACAUUCCCUCACAGCGCCACACAGGUCUCCGUCCUCCACGUACGUCAAGAUGUUUCCAACCGUUGUUCCAAAGCGCCUGCUGUCUGGUUUCACCACUGUGUCUUCAGGGGGUUUGUCACUGUUGACACGUGGCCAACUUGGAGAGCAGAACCACAGGGAUCUCGCUUCUGUUGUUCUCCAGAGAGAAACCAGAGCACACAGAAAUGUGUUUGUGCCUCGGGGGGGCACAGACCUGAGAGGGAAAAGACUAUCCAAAGACACCUUGGAGGACAAAAGGCAACAGAGUGUUUUAUCCCCAGUGUUGAUGCCCUCGGGCCUCAUGAAGGUGGAGCCUCCGCAUCCACAGAGGGACACCAAUGGUAGGCUCCAGGUUGAGAACACCAGGCAGUGUUACCCUGGAAGAGAAAGCCAAAGAACUACAGCAGUGAUCACAAGAUCCUCACAGACUGCUCCUCCGUAGAGCACA